UCUCUGGAGAUUGUCCCCGACUUCUAACCUGCUCAGUUGUCUGUCAGAGGUGCAUCAGUCUUGUCAACAUGGCAGUGGCACCAACCAGGCCUCAAAAUGGGAAAUCCUGAUGAAGGUUAAGUACUCGUUGCUUGAACAGGAUAUGAAGUACAUGGAGGACAGUCAGCAGGACGCACAUGAGUUACUUCUCAACAUGCUGUGCCAACUGAUGGCGGAGGGCAGGAUCCUGGCAGAGCUCAGCGUGGGCUACAUAUGCCCUGUUUCACAGCUAGAGUUCAUGACAGCAUCAGGUGUCACCUGUAACAGCUGCGGGAGGAAGUCGUCCACCAAGCAGGAGUACAACCACCUCUCCCUGGACAUCAGCCCUGAACGUACCCUGCAGGGCAGCCUGGCACUUUAUUUCAAGAAAUACAUGGUGGACUUCAGAUGUCAUGUCUGCAAAGGCCUCCAGGCCUCAAAGAUGGAGCAGUUUCAAACCCUGCCUCGUGUGCUGGUCCUGCACUUGAAGAGGUUUGGGGGAUAUUCAGGUCUGGAGAAACUGGAGACGCCUAUUUCGAUUCCUCCAAACCUGAGACUCUCUGAGCUCUGUGGGGACACGGUGCCUCCCCUGCACAAUAUCAUCCCAGAGGAUGCGACUGAUCAUGCCAUCAGCCUUCCUGGACAGGAAAGAGACAGCAUCCCCUUCUGUUCAGGUGUGUCAACAUUACACAUAAUGUCUGCUCCUCCAAUUCAAAUGACCAAGGACCAGGGAAAGUGUGGCAAAAGUUCUCAGUUGUGA